AUGAAGAAAUCGGAGUACCAUGCCAAACAAAGGCGUUUCGCGGGAGGAGGACGUUUUUCACCGAAUCGUGGAAAAGACAAAGGCGUACCAUCGCCAGUGUCUGCCAUCAACGACCCUAGGCCUCGUCUUUCACCAAAUCAUACCGCGAAAGUUCAGAAGGAACAAGGACGAUAUGACGUGAAAAAUGUUUCCCCAAGAACACCAAGUCCAGACGGACAGUUGAACGGUGUUUAUGCUGGGGCAAAGUUCAGUGAUCCCCCGUCUCCGACAGUGCUUCCAAAACCACCAUCUCACUGGAUGAUGAGGUGUUCGUUUGAAGAACCUCAAAAUAACGAUGAUAUGAGCAGUCAGUUAAAAAUGAUUCUGAAAGUUCAGGUGUAA